GGUUGUGUCGAAAGGGUCAUGUGACCAGGGAGCCACCGAAGAACUGUGGCUAAAGGAAGGGGAAAGGGAAGUGUUGUUGGGGGGCGGGGGGUGGGGCCGCUCCUGGUUUCUGGGGGAGGGUUGGGGGGGCAGGGGGAGGGUUGGAUGCAGGGGAGCAAACCUCCUGCUGCUGAAGAGCUAGAGCCGGAGACUCCUAGAGCAGGUCUAGCUUUUGGCUAUGGCGGCUGCUACGAUAGUUCAUGAUACAUCUGAAGCAGUUGAGCUUUGUAGUUUAUAUGGAUUAUACCUCAAGCCAAUUACGAAAAUGACAAUUAGUGUGGCACUUCCACAAUUGAAGCAACCCGGAAAAUCCAUUUCUAAUUGGGAAGUGAUGGAAAGAUUGAAAGGAAUGGUUCAGAGUCAUCAAUUUUCCACUCUUCGAAUUUCUAAAAGCACUAUGGAUUUCAUUCGUUUUGAAGGAGAAGUUGAAAAUAAAAGUUUGGUGAAGUCUUUUCUUGCAUGUCUUGAUGGCAAAACAAUAAAGCUUAGUGGUUUCUCAGAUAUUUUAAAAGUUCGGGCUGCCGAGUUUAAAAUAGAUUUCCCAACUCGGCAUGACUGGGACUCCUUUUUCCGUGAUGCAAAAGAUAUGAAUGAGACUCUGCCAGGAGAGAGACCAGACACAAUUCAUUUGGAAGGACUACCUUGUAAAUGGUUUGCAUUGAAAGAAUCUGGUUCAGAAAAACCAAAUGAAGAAGUUCUUAUUAAGGUAUUUGAGACAUUUGGAGAAAUACGCAAUGUGGACAUCCCAAUGUUGGACCCCUAUAGAGAAGAAAUGACUGGCAGAAAUUUUCAUACUUUUAGUUUUGGUGGACACUUGAACUUUGAAGCUUAUGUUCAGUAUAAAGAGUAUGUUGGCUUUAUCAAAGCUAUGAAUGCCUUGCGUGGUAUGAAACUAAUGUAUAAAGGUGAAGAUGGCAAAGCAGUAGCCUGCAAUAUAAAGGUUUCUUUUGACUCAACUAAACAUCUUAGUGAUGCCUCAAUUAAAAAACGGCAACUUGAAAGGCAGAAGCUUCAAGAACUUGAACAACAAAGAGAAGAACAGAAACGUAAGGAAAAAGAAGCUGAAGAAAGGCAAAAAGAAGAGGAAAGAAAACAGAAAGAAUUAGAGGAGUUGGAAAGAGAAAGAAAACGAGAAGAGAAACUACGUAAGAGAGAACAAAAACAAAAAGACCGUGAAGUCCGUCGAAAUCAGAAAAAACUAGAGAAGAUACAAGCAGAAGAGCAGAAAAAAUUACAAGAGAAGAUAAAAUUAGAGGAGAGAAAAUUGUUGUUGGCUCAAAGAAAUCUUCAGUCAAUAAGAUUAAUUGCAGAACUGCUAAGUAGAGCAAAGGCAGUAAAAUUACUAGAGCAUGAACAGAAAGAAGAAAAAAUCCGCCUUCAACAACUGGAGGAGAGAAGAAGACUUCAGGAGGCUGAACUCAGACGGGUGGAGGAGGAAAAAGAGCGAGCUCUGGGACUCCAGAGGAAGGAGAAGGAACUAAGGGAGAGGCUGUUAAAUAUUUUAUUGAGCAAGAAAAUAGAUGAGACACAGCAGAACAGGGAAGAAGCAGUGGCCUCUCAUUCUGCCCUCUUACAACCUGUUAUAGAUAUUAUACAGUCAGUGUCUUCAAGCUGUGUUACUUCUACCUCCUUGCAUUCCCUCAUGGGUCAGCCAACUCAGAUCUGUCAAAGAGAAAUGCUGUCAAAUCAGGAUAUUAAUUUCAAUUCCAAAAAUGUGAAUGGAGACUUAAGUGAAGAAGCUCAGUGCAAAGAAAGUAAGAAACUUAACUGUAUUACAAGUGAAAGCUGUACAGAAAAAAAAUGUUCAGGUGUGCUCUCUUGUAUUCCUGCCAAUAAUCAACAACAAAAGGGUACAUCUAAUUGUGACCAGAACAUGUCCAAAAAAGAUUCGUCUUCUGAACAAGACAAAUGUAAUAGAGAGCCAAGUAAGGGAAAAAGUCGGUCCAGCAGAGACAGAAGUACUGAGGAGAGACAUAAAAGGGAUAGGAGCAAGCAUAGAAGGGAUGCGAGUAAAGAGGAUGAAAGACAAAGAAAAGAAAGACGACUUCAUAGAAGACACUCUUACAAAGAUUAUAGUCCUCACCGAAGAAGUGUAAGCCCUGAUAGAUCUCGGCGGAGGUCCUACAGCAGAGACAGAUACAGUAGAAGGGAUAGAAGCCGGGAUAGAAGAAGUGUGGGUAGGAAGCGAAGUCGACGAGGGAGAUCCCGGUCCCUGAGCAAACACAGAAGUACUUGGAGCAGGUAGUAAAGGACUCUGCCUUUUUAAGGCCCGCUUAGAGGAUAGACCAGGACCAGCAAGAGGUUCUGAAGUUUUUGGCUUCUUGACCACCUUAAGAAAACUGAGUCUCUGCUUAGUGAAUGUAAAGUGAACUCCUUUGUGAAAGGAAACGCAAUUACAUUGGAAAUUUAUUUUCUUUUUUUAAGAUUGCAUAAUUAUUUGUGCUUCAGUUUCAACUGUGUUGGCAAUUUGUUUUUCAUUAGCUCUCCUUUUUCCUUUUAAAUAUUUUGAUCUGAUAGCUUUAAUGUCACCAGUCUUCUUUUAAUCAGGAGAAAUGUAUAGACUGACAGUUUAAGAAUUCCAGCCUACUACAUAAAUGUAUGCAAAAUUCUUGACUAAAAAUUCUUUAUGCGCUCAAUGAAGUCAACAUGUACUGCAGAAAAAGGGCAAAUUUAAUUGAACUUGAGAUAAGCUGCCAAAUGUUAGGAACGACCACAAAAACUUACAGGACAUUUAAAAGAGAAAAAACUUGCUGGUUUGAUUUCAUUUUAUAUUUAACUGAUUUAAAAACAUGGAGAUGGUGGUGGAAAGAUGUGGGAACAAAAUGAUCAUGGCAUAGUAAGCCAUAUAUGAAAUGUAGGUAGAAUUCCUUUAAAAUUGAAAAUGCAAGUGCACUAUACUUUUUAAAGAUUCCAGUAAGUGGGAGUAUGAGACGAAGUGGUCUGGAGAUGCUCCAUUACUUCUGAAACAUUGACUUUUUACAAAUUAAAAUAAUUGAGAGUAAAAAGUUAGUUAAAAGCUUUUGUUUCUAGUACAAAUUAGUGUGUGCGUGGUUUUUUUAAGAAGCUGUUUUGCUAAAUUAUUUUUACUUGCAAUGUUUCAAAAAGAUUCGAGGCUGCAAACUUGUUAAAUUUUAUAAUAAUCUGCUUCUCAAGAUGAAGCUCAGGAAUACUUUAAAGUAGUUGUAACCUUUGGGUUAUAAAAGGUUGUGUUUAUUCCGGUUUGCAUUUUUAUGGUGAAAUAAAAGCCUUUUCCAGUGAUCUGAAA